AUGUUAGUUGAUGUCUCAGAGCCGAAGACCGCAACAAAACAGGGCAAGACCAAGGUCAAGGCCGAGACCAAGGCCAAGGUCGAGGUCGAGGUCGAGACCGAUGUUGUAGCCACGGAAAAUAGUCGUGCAAAGAUCAAGAAAGGAAAGGGGAAAAAUGAGGACUUACCCAACGGAGUCCUCGAGAAUGGAUUAUGGCGCACGAGGUUCCUUCCCUGUCUGAUGUUUUGGAUCGGUAACAGCGACUUUGGGUGGACUGUACCAGAAACUGAACCCGAGUCUGUUCUUGAGCAAAUAUAUUACGCGGUGUACCCACACAGGCUCGGAGGGUGCGAUUUUGAUUCUUCACUUGUAACGGCCACUGAUUCACUUACUCAACAGGUCAGCCAAAGGAUCCACGAGUGGCGGGCUUCAUUCGGUUCAACAGCCAACACUGUUUUGAUAGCGUUUUUCGUUUCGACACCCGAGUAUAAGACUCAGGAAGCCCGCGAUGAAUACGCCGAGGAACAACUCGAAGAAUGCCGCUUUGUGUAUGAAGAUCCUGAGAACGAAGAGCAACCGGGUGCGUUCUUGUCAGAGUACAUAUUGCGCAUUUUUGCUUCCCACCUCACUGCGAUCACCGGGCAAGUGAGGGUGGAUUCAUUGGUUGAAUUUGGCAAGCCUGGGUAUCAGACUGCGCUGGCGCUAUCAGCAGUGGCAGCCGAGCGCGCUCUCGUCUUGGUUAAAAGCCACUUACUGGUUGAAAGCAAUCCCUCUGACAACAGCGGCAAAAACCACAAGAUUAUCCAGACACUCAACGAGGCGACGAAUAAGAUGAGUCAUACCGGAACAGCAUUUUCGUCUGGAAAUUGGGAGACGGACACCAUGGCGUACAUGGAUAGUAUCAAGGAUCUGCCUUACGAACGUAUCCAGGAGAUUCUCGCUCGGGCAGAAGAAUACAUGAAGCACGCGCGUAAUAACAAUCGCCGUGGCACAACCACAACAGAUGAACCUUAUGGUUCCAGCGCUUCAAUCACUCCAGUCAACAAACGCUCCCGCCUUCAUAUCUGUAAUAUUUACUUUUUUCUCAUUGUUUCAACCGCUGAUUUUAUUCAUUCAACAGGAGGACACAUCGUUUUGCAAUAUCAUCAUUCCCUGCUCUUUCGACCUCCGCAGCUGUGCCCCACUGCUCGCAUAUACCCUUUUUUUGAGCCCGCUCUAUUUGCUAUCGAAUACGGACGCUAUAAACCACUCUCCUUUAGUUUUCGAAUCUGCUUAUUUCUCCUUAGUUUAGGCUCCUGGGCUGAUCUUUGUGCUGCUUAA